GCAGUGCGCACGGGAGUUCUCGUCCUGACUGGCUGCAUGUCCCGGGCCGUCGGUAAAUGGCCUCGCAGGCGGGAAAGUUGAGUCUCCUGUGCGCCAGGCCUCCGGGGCGAUGUGCAGUGACUUCCAUAGGGCUGAGUCUGGGACCGAGCUCCUUGCCCGACUUGAAGGUAGAAGUUCCUUGAAAGAAAUAGAACCAAAUCUGUUUGAUGAAGAUUCACCUGUGCAUGGUGAUAUUCUUGAAUUUCAUGGUCCAGAAGGAACAGGAAAAACAGAAAUGCUUUAUCAUUUAACAGCACGAUGUAUACUUCCAAAGUCAGAAGGUGGACUGGAAGUAGAAGUCCUAUUUAUUGAUACAGAUUACCACUUUGACAUGCUUCGACUUGUUACAAUUCUUGAGCAUAGACUAUCCCAAAGCUCUGAAGAAAUAAUAAAAUACUGCCUUGGAAGAUUUUUUUUGGUAUACUGUAAUAGCAGCACCCAGUUACUGCUCACACUGUAUUCACUAGAGACUAUGAUUUGCAGUCAUCCCUCUCUCUGCCUUCUGAUUAUAGACAGCCUGUCAGCUUUUUACUGGGUGGACCGUGCCAAUGGAGGAGAAAGUGUUAAUUUACAGGAGUCUACUCUGAAGAAAUGUGCUCAGUUCCUAAAGAAACUGGUAAAUGAGUAUCGCCUGGUUCUUUUUGCAACAACACAGAGUAUCAUGCAGAAAGCUUCACACUCUCUGGAAGGGCCUUCUGCCUCUAGUCGCCCAUGUGAUGCUGAUACAGACUACAGACCCUAUCUCUGUAAGGCAUGGCAACAAGUGGUGAAGCACAGAAUAUUUUUCUUCAAACAAGAUGAUUCUAAAAGCAGCAGCCAAUUCUCAUUAGUUUCCUGUCAUUUAAAAAGUAACAGUUUAAAAAAACAUAUUUUUAUCAUUGGAGAAAGUGGGGUUGAGUUUUGUUGAGAUGCAUCAUAAAAUAGCCUUUUGUAAGCUACAGUGUAAGUCUUAAAAGGUCUUUUAUAAGCUAAAGUGAUUUGAUUCUAAAGUUUUAACCUCAGGGAAAUAAUUUCUUAAACUAGUACAGUACUUCAGACGAUUCUGUUUCUAGGCCAUUGAAGAUCAAACAAAGUGAUAUUCACAAUUAAAUUGUUUUGAAACUAAAUAAUAUGCAUAUUUCAGAAUAAAAUGGACUUUUAUAACUU